UGUUUAUGGUUUGCAUUGGUGCUCUGUCUCUCGUAAUGGUUUAACAUAUAGGUUUUCUCUUUUUGUCGAUAACAGGCAAAGCAUCUUUAUUAAAAGAUUACGGCUGCAAAACGAAUCUGACCAUUUCUAAGAGCUCCGGUAAAUGAUAGACAUCAUGAACACUGUUGGUUUUCACACACAGCUAACAUCCAUAAUGGAAGUGUUGGCGAAUGCAGCUGUUGUUGAAAUAGGCAAACUUUUCGAAGAUCAUUACGCUCUGUUGGGAUUAGAGAUAAAGCGAUGUACAAACGAAAACGACUCCCUGAGAAAGAAAUGUUUGUUUCUGGAGACUGAACUUCAGGCUGCCCGGAGAAACACCAGCAGGAUGAACGAGACUGAAGCUCCCUUCAGCGACGGACCGACAGACACAAAGUUUCAGAUGUUGGUCUUAUGACCGUGUGUGUGCGUGAGGGGUCGGGUGGAUGUAAUCUUUGAAAGUUUAUGACCAAACCUUUAUUGGGGUGCGACAAGAGAUCGCCGGGACUCAGUUUGGAUGGAGCAGAGCUGGUAUACUCAAGCCUAUUGACACAGGACAUCCUGCAAUUGACAAUGUGUUUGGUAAGAAGUGGUGCAUGGACUUGUGGAGAGACGAGGAGUCAAACAUUUGUCAAAAUGAGGAGACGAAUCUGAGCUCUUCAGCUAACACAGUAGAGACAGUUGAUUUGUUGAAUGAAGAAGCAGACGGGAUCCUGAUUAAGGUUGAGACGUUUGAGGAUUGCCCAAGUCAAAAUAAAACUGAAGAUAAAAGCAACAGUUUAAGUACAGGACCUGCAGUGGGCAGCAAUGAGAGAUGUGAUGCUGAGAGUUCGGCAGAUUUGAUCACAUACACAAUACCUACAUGUGACCAAGUGCAAUCAAACGCACCGCAGAGACAAACCGAUAAACCAACUCCUAAUGCAAGACUUUCUACACAUGGAAACAGUCCAACACAGCCUCAUUUGAUGACUGAUGAGGUUGUUUCAACCUUUACCAGUAGCGCUAAAUUCAGCAGUACACAAAACCAGACGAGCGCUUCAGGAAUUAAAAAGAUUGAAUGUAUAUUCUGUGGAAAAACCUUUAACCUUCGAAGAUGUCUGAACUUACACAUGAAGACACACACUGGACCAAAGCGUUUUGGCUGUACAAUCUGUGGCAAACGAUUUUCUAAAAAAAGAUACCUGCCAAUACACCACAGGAUCCAUACGGGUGAGAGGCCGUACGCGUGCAUGGUCUGUGGGAAGAGUUUUGUCCAAAAGUCUUAUCUUACUAAGCAUCUCCAAACCCAUACCAGCUAAAGCAUCUUUAAAGCCAUACCAGAGUAAAGCCUUAUAGUUGUGUCAAAUGUGGUAAAAGUUACACAAACAAAUGGGCUUUUGAUAUACACCAGUGCUAAAAAAAUAUGAAAGUAAAUAAUCUAAUAAUGAACCUCUAUUUUUAGCUUUAGUUUGAAAACUUCCUGUCAGUAUGUUUCUGUUACAACAGCAGUGUUGACUAACUAUGAGGCUUUUUAUAGGCCUACCAGGAUAAGAAACAUUUUGUUUUGUUUCUUAAAUAUAAGUUUACACUGUUGUUAUUUUUCACUAAAGUUUUUAUUUGAAGAAAAUGUUACAGUUAUACAGUUAUACAGUAGCCUGUAUAUCACAAAUAUAUAUCAGAAAUAUAAUAAAAAAGUAACUAAAAAUAAUUCAAUAAAUAUAUUUUUAAAAUUAUUGUUAUGGCACAUUUCUAAGUGUUAUUAUUAUUAUAUCUGUGAUCCGAUCACUAAGUAAAAAGCAUGUAUACAUCAUAGUAUUUUUUUUUUCCGCUCAUUUAUACUUUUGGGUUGACAGGUUCUAAGUCUGAAGAUAUUUGUACCUACACAUCCCUCCCAGCCAACACAUGAUGAACCAGUUACACAAGUUAUUUGUCAUUUUUGAUCUUAUUCACUGGCAACGUAACUGUAAUGUCCCAGGCAUGCAAUUUCAUUAACGUUAAAGUGAAGUACUAAUUCAUAUCACCUUUACUAUCUCCUAACAUUGCAAGAUAACCAGGGAUGGUCUAGUUAUGUAAUAUUUACGUACUAUUCUCAUCAUGAAUGUUACUGGUAUGAGUGAUGAGUGCUUGCAAACUUUUUUUUACAAAUA